AUGAAGAGCGAGUACUGGUACAGUUUGGCGGGCGGCGUGGUGAUCGGGCUUGCGUGCACCGCGUAUCUGUUUCUGCUGGGCCGUGUUGCUGGUAUUAGCGGCAUGAUUGGUCGCGUGGUGUCCGGAAAGAACAUUUGGCCGGACGCUGCGUUUCUGGCCGGACUGGCUGCUGGGCCCGUUGUUUGGAGCUAUGCCACCGGGAACUGGCCCGAGCUGUCGCUGAGCACACCGUGGUACGUACUGCUGCCGGCGGGAUUUUUUGUUGGCUAUGGCACGCGUCUGGGCAGCGGUUGCACGAGCGGCCACGGGGUGAUGGGUCUCGCGCGGCUGUCUCCGCGGUCGCUGGUGGCCGUGGGGUGUUUCUUGAGUGGCGGCAUAGUUACUGCCACCUUGGCACAUAAAUACCUAUAA